UGUGAGCACAGAGUAAGUGAGAAUCGAAGAAGAUUGUGCAAUGCGUAUAUCAGUAGUAGCAGUGUUGUGUGCAGUAGUGAUGCAUGGAGUGUCAUGUGGAGAUUUGAGUUCUACUUACUACGACACAACAUGCCCUAAUCUAUAUUCCAUUGUCUAUGGAGUCAUCAACAACGCUUACCUCUCUGAUCCCCGCAUUGCUGCCAACCUCCUCAGGCUUCAUUUUCAUGAUUGCUUUGUUCAGGGUUGUGAUGGAUCAGUUUUGCUGAACAACACUGAUACCAUAGAAAGCGAGCAAGAUGCAAGUCCAAAUGUGAAUUCAUUAAGGGGUUUGGAUGUUGUGAAUAACAUCAAGACUGCAGUGGAAGAUAGUUGUCCAGAGACAGUUUCUUGUGCUGAUAUUCUUGCUAUUGCAGCUGAAGUAGGUUCUGUUCUGGGAGGAGGUCCAUCAUGGUCAGUUCUAUUAGGAAGAAGGGAUAGCUUAACGGCAAACAGAACCCUUGCCGGUAUAAACCUUCCCGCACCACACUUCACACUUUAUCAACUUCAACAAUCUUUUGCUGUCCAAGGUCUCAACACCACUGAUUUAGUUUCACUCUCAGGUGCACAUACGUUUGGACAAGCUCACUGCAACAAUUUCAUCAACAGGUUAUACAAUUUCAACUACACUGGAAAUCCAGAUCCAACUCUGAAUACCACUUACUUGGAAGCACUGCGUGAGAUAUGCUCCGUAGGUUUGGAUAACCUCGCCGAUUUGGAUCUGACCACACCUAAGCAAUUCGAUAACAAAUACUACUCCAAUCUUCAGUACCAGAAUGGCCUGCUUCAGAGCGACCAAGAACUCUUCUCCACUUCCGAUGCUGAUACCGUUGCCCUUGUCAACAGAUUCAGCACUGACCAAAGUGUUUUCUUCGACAACUUCGUAGUUUCAAUGAUAAAAAUGGGUAAUACUUCAGUGCUGACAGAAGAUGAAGGAGAAAUUCGGUUGCAGUGUAAUUUUGUGAAUGGAGACUCCUCUGGUUUAGUUGGUGUGGUAUCCAAGGCUCAAAAACUGAAGCUCGCAGCAAAAUCCAAAUAAAAUGUGCUGUAAAGGAAAAAAAGUUGUAAAUGUAUUUACUGUGUUGGAAUAAUCCAAAGGAUAGUGUGCUUGUUUUUCUUUUCUUUUCUUCUUUGUUUUUCUAUGUAUGGGUCGGGACAGUCCUUUUACAUUCUUUUGAUAUAUUUAUUGUUGUGAAAUAAAAAAAAAAUGUUUCUACUUUGAUGAA